CCGUGUCAAAAGAAUGCGGGGCCGCCCUGCGACGACGGCCAUACUUAGUACAUACUAGAAUUUCCAACACAGUCUACAGUUAUUGAAGGCCGGAGGGACUUAGUCUUCUAUGACAAUUAGGUAUUUCAUUGGUGAAUCCCUAGAAUUACUGCAGCGAGGUGGCGACGUACGUGGUUAACCAAUAUUAAACCAAUGUAAGAGGGUGUGAAGUGCAAAUAAGUACCUUGGUCUCUGCGAUCUCUUUGCACUCUCAUGUAGGUAUAUAAAAAGUCAUGCCCCCCGACGUUCAUUUUGUAGAAGGAAACAUCAACACUGAGUUCCAACUGGAGAGAAACUCUUACCCUUCUCGUCCUUAUAAUUCAAUAUAUUCCUUCUUCUAUUACCAUCUUAGCCGCCGCCCGUCACCUUUCAAUAAGCACUCAUGGAUAAGCUAUCUCAACUGUCUGUAAAUGGCUCUGCCCCGUCUGAGGCCCCAUCCAACACUCAUACCAAUCGUGCUUCAUUCGCCACUGACAGCACCUUCGCAUACGCUGCCUCUGUAACUAGGGGUGAUGCUCCCGUCAACACACUCCUCCAACAUGGGGAUACCGAUUCGCGUCAAGCCACUCGGCACACCAAGGUCCAGCACGAGGUUGACAACGCCAUGGCGAAGCUAAGCCAGACACCGGCCGAGUAUGUACCGUUUCCAUAUCCAAUAAAGGCCCCGCGCAUAGCAUGUCGUCGGGGAUUGAGCCCCUCUAUCAGAGGCCGAGGGGUCAUGUACAUCAUAGUUGGCUGAUGAUGGCAUGAUCUCUGCUUAUCGGCUGACCU